AUGAAAUAACAUGCCAAUAACUAUUUUGUCAUGAAGAUAGCUAAGCCAAUUUCAUAAGUGAGUACUAAUUCAGCAGUUACAAGAUCAAAUGAAUUAAAGCCAGCAUCCUAUUUGACAUUUACAAAGAGUAAACAUAGAAGAAAGAAUGAGACUGCAAUAAAAUUGCCAGAAUUGCAGCCUAGCUCUGUUCGAGCCAAAACUGAAUAAGAUUAAACAGCAUUAAAUGAAUUCAAAAGAUCUCUUGUCAUCAUUAGUAGAAAACCAAGUGCUACAUUUGGAUCUCAAAGAUUAAAGACUUCGCCAUCUAUUCAAAUUUGGGAACCAGAAUAGAUAUCAUAGCCACCAGUAGAAUAAGUCCAAGUAAUAACUACUAAAUUCUACGAUGUUCUUUGUGAAGAGUUGCUAUUAAAUAAAAAGCAAUCCUAAAUAAAAGAGAAAAGAAAAAUACUUUUCAAGACAAGAUUAAAUGAAUAUGAUAAAUUUCAAGAGAAGAGCUCAAGGAUGGUCAGAAAGAUUAUUCAACUCCUUAAAACUCAUAGAGAAGGAAAUGAAGAAAAAGAAAUGAAAAGUAGAACCAUUAUUGAAACCAAAAUGGCUAAAUCUAGCCUUUUCUUUCAUGCUUAGACUUAGUGUUUGCCUGAAUAACAUCAAUUUAAUCAGAAAGAACUCCUCUUUCAAUAAUAACUGUCAGUCAUACCAAAAAGACACACAAAAUAUAGCGCACAACUAACUUUAACUCAACAAGCUGAAUCUUUAAAACCAAUGAAGAGUUUAAUUGAAGAAAUUAAAGAAAAACAAUAAGAUCCAAUCAGAUAAGCUUCAAUAUGUCUUGUAUCACCUAAACAUCCAAUAAACAAUAGGAAAAAAAUUAAAUUAAUUCUUGAGUGCGCAGAAGAGUAAAAAUUUAGUAAAUUUGAAUUUUUUGUACCUGAUUAUAUGGAAUAAGAUUAAGUAGUUUAGUUGUAAUAAUAAAUUGAUUAAGUUGAAUCCAAAGAUACUAAAAAGUCAAAUAUUUAUUCUUUGGUUUCAAAAAAUAUGUUUAGCAAAAAAACUAAUUAAGUUUAGAAUAUUGGCGAAUCUACUUUGGAAGAAUUUAAUACUGAUAAAGCAACAUAAUUCACAAGAUACUAUCUCUAAAAUUAUACUUUAAAAUGCAUCAAUUAGAAAAAAAUCAAAGACAGAAAAGAUGCAGAGUCUCUGCUGAACAUACUUCAUUAAGAUUCAAAGCAAGAAUAAUAGAUCUUUGUAUCCAAACCUCUUCUUGAUUGUUCUAUUAUAAAAGACUUAUAGACUACCUAAUUUCAAGAAAUUAAUAGCUUGAUUUAUAGAUGCAUUGAACCAUAUGAUUCACAAGAUUCUAGUAUGAUAUCCGAUAAUAGUUUCCUAAGUGAUAAGAGCUUGAUUGACUAGUCUACAGAUUAAGGAAUAAAGCUCAAAUUCCUAAAUUCAACAAAAUUGAUUAAUCCAAAUAUAUUCAAAGACAAAUUCAUCAAAUUUAUCAUAUCCACUAUCUCCGAUGAAUCUAAAAAUAGUUUGCUUCAUCAAGAAAUAAUGGCUUUUGCCAAUCAUAUAGAAGAACUUAUUCAUAUAGAUUAUGAUCUACCAUAAUAACCACAUCUGGAAGCUCUAAACCGACUCUUCCUUAAAAUUAAUACAACUGAUAGAAAGAAAUUUCUUAAGUCUUUUUUUAAGAAAUUUGAAAUCAUAUGCAUAGGAUUAUUUGAAGAUAACUUUAAACAUCAUUUAAAUAAACCAGAGAAAGUAUUUGUUAGUUACUGUUUUCAAUAAUAAGGAAACAGUUUAACUGAUAAUACUUCAAUCAAAUAUUCAAAUAUGUUGAAAUCUAAACAUCACCGUGAGACUACAACAGAAACUGUUCCAAAAUAAUAGACAAACCUAAUGAUAUUAUCUCUACCUCCUGCAACUAUAAAAAGUAGAUCAUAAUCUCCUUCUAAUUUUAGUGAACCCAGAACCUAGAAAAAGGGCCUUCAAAAUUAAUAAGUUCUAUUGAAAAAUGUAUAAAGAAAACAAUCACAAAAAUUUUUACAAAUUUAAACUUCAUCCAAAUUUUAAUUGCAACAAUAAACCUCUAAAGUGUAAUAAGUCUCAUUAGGGUAGGAUAAGGAAUAAUCAUAAAUAAAGAAGGUUAAAUUGACUUAAAUUUAAAAUAAUCUAAAAUAAUCAUCUAUGGAUCCAUAAUCAUUAUUAUAUAGAAGUAUGAUGAUAAAGAAAACAAAAAAUGAUGAUAGAAGUUUAUAUGAAAGAAUUUUUCUAAUGGUUGAGGAACAUCGGCUUUUGGAUUUGAAAGAAAUUCUAAAAUUAGAGGCAUCAAUUGAUGUCAAUUACCAAAAUGAUGAAGGUGACACAAUGCUUAUUUCAGCAUCAAAAUGUGGAGCAGUUUUAAUUGUAGAAUUCUUACUAAAAAAUAGGGCUGAUGCCUCAAUUUAAAAUUAUAAUGGGUAAACAGCCAUGGAUGUGGCAUUAAAAAACUAUUAAUUCUAAACAGCAGAUAUCAUAUUUAAGUCUCUUUAUCUAGAUAAUAACAAUGUAUGA